AUGAGAAAUCAUGAUCACAAGGAAUACAACAACCAGAACACUGACAACAACAACCUACAUCAAUAUAAGAAACACAACUAUCUACAUCAGUACAACCAUGACAAUCAUCGCUUGAAGACAACAAGCAUCUUCAUUGAUCGUAUCGGCCUUGCCGGCACGUCCAGAAUGAGAGGAUUGUACUACUCCCUCCUCUCUGUCUGCAACGUGAGCAAUGGAGCAAACUUGUGCAGGGGAGCGAUCGACUUCGUUGACAGGGAUGUCAACAUUGAGUAUCAGAGCAGGAGGAUGGAGGUUUCCUUCAUGUCGGAAGCUUGCAAUGCAGCUCUGGAUUAUGUGUUUGUGACAGGCAGCGUUUGGGGUGAGUUCAGUCUGGAAGCAUCAGGAGAGAGUUUUCGAUGUCAUGCCAUGAUAACUUACCUCGUGAAGUGGCUGGAAAGGAACGGAUACUGCCGAAAGCCUUUCUCAUCGCAUCGAGAGAUUCUCGUGCUUUCCAUUGGGUUCUGGGAGAGUUUGGAGAAUUCCUUCCAUCUGUUGCAAGAGUGCGGCGAGCAUAUCUUUGAAAACCUUGUCCAUUCAUGCAAAGAUUCUUCCACUUUCAUCAUCUACAAGAACGAAGAAGCUACUCCUAGUUACAGCAUUCCUGUCUUAGACGCUCAUUCCAUCUCCCUUCCAAGACCCGACGGCACGGAGGACGGCAUACAUUACUGGUACACUGCGGGGAAGGGAGAAGGGAUGAGGAGAGUGAAGGAGAAGAAGUCCAAGAGAGUUUGGUAUGAGAGAGACUGCAACAAGUGGGAAGAGAACGCUGUCACGAAGUCGAUCUUGAACACCUUGUUGCACAUGAUCAUCAACAAAAUGAAAGAAUGA